UUGGGUCGUGAAUAAAUAUCCUUGACUCGUGACAUGCAUGUUUGUUAUAAAUUAAAAUUAAACUAAAACCAAUUUUGUUUAUUUUCCUUAUCACGCCAACUAUAGGAAACACCGGCCUGUCAUUGCUGUUGUUAAUUUACGAAGAUCUUUGAGCCCCUUCAGUUUCUCUGGAUAUUGGGUUGUGUUUGGGAUUGAUUUUUGUGGGGGGUUUUGAGGUGAAAGUUUGGAUUUUUAUUUUCUGGGGGCCUGGUUUGAUCGAGGAAGGGGAGGAGGAUUUGAUUGGCUUUUGAUACCAAGAGGAGGGUGUUUGACAUUGGAGAAGAGGCUUUGAAGGUUUAAGAUUUGUCAAGUUGGACGCUUUUGGUUAUUGGGUUUUGAGUUUUGGAAUCUGGGAUCUGGUGCCCUUGUUGGUUUCAGCUUCAGAAGGUUGUCUCAGGAGCUUUUACUCUAUCAGAUGAGGAAGCAUGGAUUUGGCAGUAGUUUAUUGUGUUACAAUCUCCUUGAUUGUGCCAGUCUGAAGCUAUAUAGGUCGGAUUUUAAUUAGAGUUUGUUUUGUUUAGAGGCAGUGUGGAAAAGGAUUAUAGUUUUAAGCUUUGAGACUGAUAUUGACAUGGGGGGCCAAUGCUCCAAACUCAUACCAUGCUGUGGGAAUUCACAAUUCAAUGCAGCAGCAGUUGUUGAAGCGCCAGCUAUUGAAAAUGUGGAGAAGAGCGAGGUUGACUACUUGCCUAGAUUUCGUGAAUUCACUCUUGAGCAACUCAAAAAUGCCACAUCUGGUUUUGCAGUGGAGUACAUUGUGUCUGAACAGGGUGAGAGGGCUCCAAAUGUUGUUUAUAAAGGAAAACUAGAAAACCAGAUGAGAAUUGCUGUUAAGCGCUUCAAUAGGGUGGCUUGGCCUGACGCUCGGCAAUUUGUGGAGGAGGCCAGAUUGGUUGGUCAGCUCCGCAACCAUAGAUUGGUUAAUUUGCUUGGAUGCUGCUGCCAAGAUGAUGAGAGGUUGCUUGUAGCAGAAUAUAUGCCCAAUGACACACUUGCAAAACACCUGUUCCAUUGGGAUGCACACCCCAUGAAAUGGACAAUGCGAUUAAGGGUUGUUUUACAUCUUGCACAAGCUCUAGAAUACUGCACAAGCCAGGGGCGUGCCCUUUAUCAUGACCUGAAUGCUUACAGAGUUUUAUUUGAUGAGAAUAGUAAUCCUAGAUUAUCUACCUUUGGCCUGAUGAAAAAUAGUCGGGAUGGGAAGAGUUAUAGUACAAAUCUGGCAUUUACUCCUCCUGAAUAUCUUAGAACUGGGAGAGUGACACCAGACAGUGUGAUAUACAGCUUUGGCACUCUUUUACUCGAUAUUCUCAGUGGAAAGCACAUUCCCCCUAGUCAUGCCCUAGACCUGAUUAGGGACAGAAAUCUUCAGAUGCUGACAGAUUCAUGCUUGGAAGGACAACUGUCUCAAGAUGAUGGUACUGAAUUGGUACGCUUGGCUUCACGAUGUUUACAAUCUGAACCUCGAGAGCGACCAAAUCCAAAGUCAUUAGUUUCUGCAUUGACUACUCUUCAGAAAGAAACUGAGAUUCUGUCUCAUGUAUUGAUGGGUAUCCCGCACACUAACUCUUGCUCUCCUCUCUCACCACUUGGUGAAGCCUGCUCCAGAAGGGAUUUGACUGCAGUCCAUGAGAUCCUGGAGAAUAUUGGUUACAAAGAUGAUGGAAUGACAAAUGAGCUCUCUUUCCAAAUGUGGACCGACCAGAUGCAGGAAACAUUAGAUUCAAAGAAAAAUGGGGAUUCUGCUUUUAAGAGGAAGGACUUUAGAACCGCAAUUGAGUGUUAUUCACAGUUUAUUGAUAUUGGAAACAUGGUCUCUCCCACAAUCAUUGCCCGUCGUAGUUUGUCUUAUCUUAUGGAUGAGAGGCCUCAGGAAGCUCUAAAUGAUGCUAUGCAAGCUCAAGUAAUUUCCCCUGUAUGGCACAUUGCAUCUUAUCUACAGGCUGCUUCCCUUUUUGCACUCGGAAUGGAGACUGAGGCACAAUCAGCACUGAAGGAGGGUACUGUGCAUGAAGCCAAAAGGAACACUGCAGCUGGACAGAAGUGAAAAUCAAGGCUCAGCUGCUGCUCAGGUACCAAAUCAGACACUACUCAGUUUUGCUCUCAACAUAAAUAUGUUUUAACAGAAAGUCCCAAACAAGGGAAGUCGAAUCUUCAUUCAUCACCAUAAUGUUUCCUAGAUGUUGAGCAUUUUGUUUAAUUUGAUCCCUGUAUGCUAAAUGAUUCCAUUAUGCAAAAGAUACAUGUAGUUCAGAAGCAUGUAAUAUAUGUAGAGACAAUUCCU